CUGGUGCAUACGCAUUCAGUUCAGUGACACAAGCAGAGCCUGACGGGAAUUAGAACGCCCUCUCUAGUAGUUCGUUACGGGCGCCCCUAGCCAUGCCACUUCUAUAUAUUUGGUAGCCAAAAUCAAUUACCACAUUGUAGCCAUGAAAACUUGUAUCGCCGCGUUUGCGCCCUGGAAACAUGAAAUCUAGCCUGGGUUUCACUACCAAAUGCAGCCUCCUAUUCAUCUGGCUUAGAGAAUCUCAGUAAGCAGCGCUAUGGAGGAUAGAGAGGAUGAUGGCACAGGCAGCCAGCGGAGUGGAGCAACCGGCAGUGAGAGCGAACAUGGUCGCCGGUCCGACUUGAAGUUUCUAUCCCAAAGCAAAAGGGGGCCGACGGAUGAGGCCGAAGAAGGGGACCUGUUGGAGCAGAAGCGCACGGUCCAGGAUGGCGUCUUCGCGUGCAUGUACACGUUGGUACGACAGACCGUAUUCAACAGUUGGAAGUUCGCCGUGCUAAAACUGGCAUUGGAGUUUCUGAUCUUCUUCCUCAUGGCCUUCAACCCCGGCUUCCCCCAGUGGAAGAUCCGCACCUCCAACCCCGCCUGGCAGCUGGUGCGCUGGGUGCUGUGGCGCGGACCCGUGGCGCACAUCCUGGGCUACCGCGCCUUCAUAGGCAUCAUGUACGGCAUGGCGGCCAGCGUGUUUCUGUCGGUCGGGGGGCUGGCCUGGCUCACCCUCGCCAUGCGGCAGGCGGAGCAGUCCAAGUGGAUGCGUACGGCAGCCGCCUACCUGCAUGUGGUGUACGACAUAAUGUUCGUGAUGGCCUACCCCUCAUUCCUGGACUACUUUGCGUUCGUGGCGAAUUGCGACUUCACGGGGCCGGUGAAGCGCCACAACAUGUUUACGGACGUCAUGUGUCUCGAGCUGCCUCACCUGCUGCACAUGUGCGUGGCGCUCCUCACCGGCGCCGUGUUCCUGUGCGUGGUGGCGCUCAUGCUGGUGGCCUGCGGCGAGCUGAACCCCAUCUCCCGCCACCUGCUGGCCUCGCCCGCCGUGCACCCGCGGCUGCGGGCGCUGGCGGCCAAGGCGGUGUUCAUCGUGUCGUGUGCGGACCUGGGCGGGAGGGGGAAGCUGCAGGCGGUGGUGAAUGUGGUGGCGGCGGGGGCCGUGUGCUGGUUUAACCUCCGAGCGUUGCCCUUUUACAGCCGGCUGACCAACGCUGUGUGGACGGGCCAGUGGGUGGGCAUCCUGUACACCUGCCUCGUGCGGGUCGUGCUGGUGUACGGCAAAGACCAGUCGUACACCUACCUCCGGAGCCGGACACUGUACGUGUUGUACGGCCUGCUCCCCGUCACCGCCGCCAGCAUGGGCCUGGUGUCGCUGUACAGCCGCUGGGACAGCCGGCCUGCACGCAAGUUCCGGGAGCUGCCGCCGGGGGCCGUGAAGCUCACCCGCGUGCACCGCUUCGCUGAUGUGUACCAGGUUGAGCGCCUAGCUCGCGCCAUGCGGCUGUUCGACUCCGACGGGUGGGUUGAGGAGGGCGCCGCGGAGUGGGGCGAGACGGUCCUUCGCGCCGGCAUGCAGGCCUUCCCCGGCCGCCCCUUCCUGCUCAUCCUUCACGCCAACUUCCUGCUGCAUGUGCGGCGGGACGGCCCCGCGGCGCGCACGCAGCUGCAGCUGGCGGCGCGGCACUCGCCCAGCCUGGUGGAGAGGUACCAGGUGUUUUGCACGGACGAGGCCAGCAAGCGGCUGCAGGACGGCAAGGCGGGCGGCAUGGACCUGCAGGCCUACAUCGAGUUCAGGCGGAACUACAGCGCUGUCAUCCGCGUGCACAAGGCGGCGCUGCUGCUGCAGACGCAGCUGUGGCGGCUGCUGCUGCGCCCCUCGCUGCGGGUGGGGCUGCUGGACGCGGCGAUGGACGAGGUGGAGGCGGCCACCGCCCGGGCACAUCAGGUGUACAAGAGGGUGCUGGAGCGCUACCCCAACAACGGCAAGCUGCUUCGCUGCUACGGCAAGUUCCUGGAGGAUGUACGGCACGACCCGGCGGCGGCGGCGCGCGCGUACGGCGAGGCGAGUCGUAACGGCGGCGGCGACGCGCUGUUGUCGCUGGAUCUGAGUGGCGUGCAGGGUGCGGACAAGCCCGAGAUCCUGACGGCCAUGUCGCUGCAGGAGGAUGCGGUGAUUGUGUGUAAUGCGGAGGGGACCAUCAUGAUGACAUCGCAGGCCGUGCAGCCCCUGUUCGGCUACUCCAAGAGCGAGCUGGAGGGCGCCAACGUGAGCCUGCUGAUGCCGCCGCCCUUCAGCACCCGCCACGCCGCCUACCUGCAGCGCUACACCGCCAGCGGGCAGCCGCACAUCCUGGACAGCAUGCGGGAGGUGAUUGCGCUGCACAAGGACCACCACGUGUUCCCCAUUGCGCUGUGUGUGACCAAGCUGAGCGGCACGGGAGCGGACAGUAUCUUCCUGGGAGUGGUGCGCCCGCUGUCCCCCAGCCCCUACAACAUGCGCGCCUGGCUGGCCCCCAACGGCACCUUCCUCUGCUCCGACCAGCUCUUCGCGUCCAUGGUCGGCCUGACGGAGGGGGAGCUGGUUGGCCGCUCCCUCCCCUCGCUGGUCCCCCCCGAGUCCGCCCCCGCCGUGGAGGCCUACCUGGAGCGCUGCCGGGCCGCCAGCGCCCUGGAGCUGAUCGAGGGGCGCAUACAGCUGGCCACGCAGCUGACCCACCGCUACAGCGGGGGGGAGCCGGUGAGCGUGGAGAUAACCACUGGCAUGGCAGGCACCGACCAGGUCCGCAUUCUGGUGCUCAACACCCACCGCACCGACGGCCGGGAGGACUGCCUGCUGGUGGUGGAGGGGCAGGGGC